AAAACCCGCCUCUCUCACCCGCCGCGAGCCGAGUUCGCGCUAGGGUUUCCUCGCUCCCUGCCGCCGCCGCCUCCUAGCCGCACGCAGCCGCCGCAGCAGCGCGUCCCUCCCUCGUUCUCGGCCAUGGCGGAGGUGGAGCAGCAGCAGCAGGAUGUGAAGCUCUUCAACCGCUGGACCUUUGAAGAUGUCCAGGUGAACGAUAUCUCGCUGAACGACUACCUGGCGGUGUCGUCGACGAAGCACGCGACGUACCUGCCGCACACCGCGGGGCGCUACUCGAAGAAGCGUUUCCGCAAGGCGCAGUGCCCCAUCGUCGAGCGCCUCACCAACUCGCUCAUGAUGCACGGCCGCAACAACGGCAAGAAGGUCAUGGCCGUCCGCAUCAUCAAGCACACCCUGGAGAUCAUUCACCUGCUCACCGACGCCAACCCCAUCCAGGUCGUCGUCGACGCUAUUAUCAACAGUGGGCCACGUGAGGAUGCCACCCGAAUUGGUUCUGCUGGUGUUGUGAGGAGGCAGGCUGUUGAUAUCUCGCCCCUGAGGAGGGUGAACCAGGCCAUCUACCUCCUAACCACUGGAGCCCGGGAGAGUGCUUUCAGGAACAUCAAGACCAUUGCUGAAUGCCUUGCAGAUGAGUUGAUCAAUGCUGCUAAGGGCUCAUCCAACAGCUAUGCCAUAAAGAAGAAGGAUGAGAUUGAGCGUGUUGCCAAGGCCAACCGUUGAGUGAAGCUUGUGUAUCGUGGUGCAAUGGAGUCCUUGUUAUAUCGUUGGCAGUUGUUUUGGUUGUUUUACCUGAUGUUUAGACAUUUUGAGACCUAGCUAAGGUUUUGCUUUGAAUGAACAAUGGAAAAUACUGAGAGAUGUAGUUGUUUGGGGGCAGAAAUGCCAUGUGCCUGAUUUAUUGAAUACCAGCUCUUGUUCUUAUAAGCUUGAAUUCUUUGAUGCA